UGUUGCCGGGCUGAGAGCCGGGCUGAGGGGGCAGGAUGGACGCAGAUAGCCGCAAACUGCUGGGUGAGCAGCUGCCCUGCAACUACGGCUCCCUCCCGGCCCGCCAGUCCCAGCCGCGCAUGGAGAUAAUCGGCUACCGGAAAGUAACAUGGCAGACAGUCGCUUGUUACACGCUGUGCGUCCUGACCCUGGGCGUCCUGCUCGUCGUCUUCCACUGGCGCCCGCGGCUCUACAUCCUGAUGACCUGCCGAAGAUGCCCUUUGGCUGAGGCUGACUGGGUGGCGAUUAAGGAUGCGUUCAGACAAACGGCCAUUGCCCGGGUACAGACCGAGGACGGCGUGGAUGCCAGCCUGGAGCGCGAUGCCAUCGGGCGCCUGGGCACGGCGGGGAACGGCAGUGUGGUGAUCGGGGUCGCCGAUGAGGAUGACUUUAAGGACACGAUCCAGUUACACAACAAGGAAGAGACUGCCACGCUCCGAUACUUUGUGUUUGAAGGAACGCGCUACAUCUGGAGUCACGCUUCACACGGAUUCAUCCAGGUCUGUUCGUUAUCUGAUGGUCUGACUUGUGGGGAUUUGCGGAGAUCCCAAUCCGGGCUGAGCCAGACGGAUCACAGUAUGAGAAAGCAAAUUUAUGGCCCCAACGAGAUCAACGUUCCAGUGAAAUCUUACGGGAGGCUGUUAAUUGAUGAGGUGCUGAAUCCCUUCUACAUAUUCCAGGUGUUCAGUGUCAUCCUUUGGAUGUGUGACUAUUACUAUUAUUACGCCGGCUGUAUCAUCUUCAUCGCCGUUGUGUCUAUCGGGGUCUCUCUGUACGAGACCAGGAAGCAAAGCGUGACCCUGCGCAACAUGGUUAAAGUGUCUGUGAGUCUGAAAGUGAGACGUGUAACUGGAGAGGAGGUUUUUGUGAGCUCGGAGGAUCUGGUUCCCGGGGACUGUAUCCUCCUGCCUCCCGAAGGCUUGUUGCUACCGUGUGACGCUGUCCUGCUGUCCGGGGAAUGCAUGGUCAACGAGAGUCUGCUGACAGGUGAGAGUGUUCCUGAAAUGAAGACUCCGUUACCUGACAGCCCCCUGUCAGCCAGCGCAGUGUAUUCUCCGGAGGAUCACAGGCGGCACACGCUUUUCUGCGGGACACAAGUCAUCCAGGCCAAGAGCUACCUGGAGAGAGACGUGAUGGCCGUGGUGACCAAAACAGGUUUCUGCACCCUCAAAGGGAAUCUCGUCAGCUCCAUCCUGCACCCCAAACCCAUCAAGUUCAAGUUCUACAGGGACUCGUUCCUGUUUGUGCUGGUCCUGGCUGUUUUUGCCAUAAUUGGGAACAUUUACAGCAUUGUGAUUCUACUUCGAAACAAAGUUGGCUUGUCGAAUUUGGUCAUUCGCACGCUCGAUAUUAUCACCAUUGUGGUCCCUCCAGCACUGCCGGCUGCCAUGACGGUGGGCACAAUCUACGCUCAGAGUCGUCUCAAGAAAAAGGGGAUCUUUUGUAUAAGCCCUCCGCGUAUCAACGUUUGCGGCAAGGUCAAGAUGGUUUGCUUUGAUAAGACAGGCACCCUGACCGAAGAAGGCCUCGACGUCUGGGGGGUGGUCCCCCUGGAGAACACUCAUUUCAUGCCCAUUACACACGAGCCCCGGUGUCUGCCCGACGGGCCUUUGCUGUAUUCGCUGGCCUCCUGCCACUCGGUCACUCUGCUGAAAGAAAGUCUCAUUGGAGAUCUCAUGGACCUAAAGAUGAUGGAUUCCACAGGUUGGACCCUGACAGAUGGAGACACGGAAGAGGCAACUGGACUUUUUGGGACCAAAGUUUUAUCGGUGAUCAAACCCCCCAUACUGGAAGAGCAGCCCUAUGGACCGAAACACCAUCUCUCGGUGGGCGUCUUACAGAGAUUCCCGUUCUCCUCCGCCCUGCAGAGAAUGAGCGUCAUCUCCAAACUGCCGGGAGAUGCCCCCUGUGAUCUCUACAUGAAGGGGGCGCCGGAGAUGGUGGCCAGCCUGUGCAGGAACGAGACAGUGCCUCUGGAUUUCUCUGCCAUGUUGCGCCAGUACACUCAGGACGGUUACCGCGUGCUGGCCUUUGCCUAUAAAACCCUCAGCGCUGUCAAAAACUUUGAAGAGGCUCAGGCCAUAUCCCGAGAAUCGGCAGAACGUGAUCUCGUCUUUUUGGGAUUUCUGGUCAUGAAGAACGUUCUAAAACCAGAGACGUCGCCCGUCAUCUACGAACUGCGAAAAGCCAACAUCCGGACUGUCAUGGUGACAGGAGAUAACAUGCUGACCGCUGUAAAUGUCGCAAAGAGCUGCCACAUGGUGGAGCCCACGGAGAAAGUGUUCUUUGUGACCGCGUCCCCUCCUUGCUACAAUAACGCGGCCACCUUGAAAUUCAUCCCGGCUGACCCAUCGCCCGUAGAGGAUUCGCGAGAGGGUCUGUACCAGCUUGGAGGGACCUUCCUCAGUAAAGACCCCUAUUGCUUUGCGAUGAACGGCAAAUCCUUUGCUGCGUUGAUGGAUUAUUUUCCGGAUUUAGUCCCCCAAAUCCUUGUCCGCGCCGCCAUAUUUGCCCGAAUGUCUCCGGAUCAGAAAACGCAGCUUGUGCGCGGCUUCCAGGAGCUGAAUUACUGCGUCGCGAUGUGUGGGGACGGAGCCAAUGACUGCGGAGCCCUGAAAGCCGCCGACGCUGGGAUCUCGCUGUCCGACGCUGAAGCGUCCGUCGCAUCUCCUUUCACCUCCAAGCUCAGUAACAUCGAGUGUGUGCCCGCGGUUAUCCGGGAAGGACGCUGUUCCCUGGAGACCUCUUUCGGGUUGUUCAAAUACAUGGCGCUGUAUAGCCUCACCCAGUUUAUCACCGUGCUGAUCCUAUACACGGUAAACACCAAUCUCGGGGACUUCCAGUUCCUCUUCAUAGACCUGGUGAUCACUACGUCUGUGGCCGUCCUAAUGGGGAAGACCGGUCCGGCCGAAGAGCUGGGCAUUAGAAGUCCUAUGGGGACCCUGAUUAGCAUCCCGGUGCUGGGGAGUCUGAUCCUGCAGUUCCUGCUCAUCCUCAUUAUCCAGCUUCUGUCCGUUUUCUUCGUGCAGUCGCAGAGCUGGUUUGUCUCAGUGAAUUCCACCGAUACGGCUCGCCUCCACCUGCCAAACUAUGAGGACACCACGCUGUUCUGUGUGUCCGCCUUCCAGUAUCUGAUCCUGGCUGUCGUCCUGUCCAAGGGUUACCCCUUCCGAAAACCUCUGUACACCAACGUCCUCUUCCUGCUGCUGCUGACCUCGCUGCUUGGGCUGGUGCUCUGGAUCACCAUCUACCCCCUCGGUUUCAUGAGGUAUUUGCUGCAGCUGAAAGACAUAAACGACUUUAACUUCAAGUUCGUGCUCAUCGGACUGGCGGCUGUGAAUUUUGUAGCCGCCUUCAUAGCGGAGACUGCCUUAGACCACGGAUAUCUUAACUGCCUGCGGCGUCUACGCAAGAAAAAAGAAUCCAAGAAAGCCUAUAAAAGACUGGAGACGCAGCUUCGCGACCCGGGCUCGUGGCCCCCCGUGAAUCAGACUCUGCACCCCGGCUCCGUGCAGCCCUUCCUGGUCAGGUAGCAGGAGCGCGGAGCCGCCGAAUGCCACGUGAAGGGCCACAGGCCUGAAAAACUCUAUGCAAGCGUUAGGCCAGAUCUUUAACACGAACUUCCCAUACGAGGAAACGACUACAGCCGGAGCUCUCCAUUAAAGAGAAUUUAAUAUAUAUAGAAAUAUAAUAUAUUG